CCGCGCGGGCCCCAGCCUCCGCCGCUGCCACCGCCCGCCUUGCCGGGCUGCCCGCGGGCGAGUCCCCGCCUCUCCUCUAGCAGAUAUAAGUAGGACUGUCCCGUCCCGUCGACAGCUCACCUCGCUCAGCCCCGCCGCGACGCCGCCGACCCGCUCCCUGAGGAUGUCGCGUGCCUCCGCCGGAGCGCGCGCCGUGCUGCUGAGCGCGCUGCUGUGCCGCCUGGCCGCCGCCGGCAACCCAGAACUACCAGUGGCAGUUAAUAUAACUUGGUCUUCAAUCAAUUUUAAAACCAUACUAAAGUGGCAACCAAAACCAUCGGGUUACUUCUACACCGUAGAAAUACAUGGGCAGACAUCUGAUACAAAAAAAAAAUGCGUAAUGACUACAGAAACAGAGUGUGAUGUUACUGACGCACUCAGGAAUGUAAAAGAGACCUAUACAGCACAUGUAUUGUCUGUAAAAUCCUUUGAGGUGGAUAACUUUGAGGAACCACUUUUUGCAAGCUCUGAAAAAUUCACACCUUAUAAUCAGACUAUUAUUGGAAAACCGGAGAUCCAGCAUCACACACAAGAAGAUUCCAAACUGAAUGUCAUGUUUCAAGAUCCGCUUACCCCAUACGUGUUUCCUAAUGGAAGCUUUCAAAGCAUUCGAGAUGUUUUCAAACAUGACCUGGAAUACAAACUCUACUACUGGAAAGAUCAAAGUUCUGGAAAGAAAGAUGCAACAACAAAAAGCCAUACAUUUGAAAUAAGUGUUGACAACAAAAGUAACUAUUGCUUCUACAUACAGGGAAUCAUUCCCUCUCGCAGAGAAAAUCGCAAUGGUCAAGAAAGCAUGGUGCUUUGUACCACUGUAGGAAGAACUAUUUUAGAUGAAUAUGGAGCAGAAGUCUUUAUCAUCAUAGCAGUGGUAGCAAUUGCAGUCAUCACUCUCGCCAUUGUCCUAGCGGUGAUCCUGUGUAAACGCAAGACAGCAAAAACUGCGAGAGAAAAAGAACCACUUAAUGGCAUCUAAGGAAAAACUAUUGUGGAUACUUGUGGAAGACACAAAGGCAGGAAAAAAAAAAUUGUGUAUUGAUGGAGCCUUUAGCCUCUCUGGUACAGGAAAUUUGAAGCUAAAACUUUUGGUGAAGUCAAAGACCCAUUAGACAGCCACAGAUUUAAAAAAAAAAAAAAAAA